AUGUCGUCGGCCUUUCCUGAUUCACGCUUGCAGGAACGCUACGAACAGUUAAACUUGAUUGUCGCCAGACGGAAUGAAUUCCUACGCGAGUUGUUCAGCAUGAUGCGGGAUAGAGACGAUAUUAAUGCUGCAUACACGGAGGACGAAGGGGAUGACACACAGUUCCAAACGUUUCUGCAACGCUUUGAUCUCAAGGAAGACCCGGACAGAGGGUCUAUAUUGAACCUGACCGAAGAGGACGCAACAUUUGCUCCCCACAAUCCAACUUCUCCCUCUCCAAGAUCAUCUCCAGUGAACAUUCCUUCCUCGGGCGAAACCAAGCCAACUGCGUCCUCUACGAGAGCGACUCGCAGUCGAACUCGUGCAAAUGAGCCCAUUAAAUCUCUGUCACCUCCGCCUCUUGCCAUCACUGUGGCCGACAAUUCUCUGGCUAACAAAGCUGACGAACAUCCAAGUUCGCAAUCGACCCCUCCAAAUGUGGCCAGCCCGACGCGUCUACAGCGUGAAAGCAUGGGCGUCGAAGAAUCGGAUGAAGAUAACGAUGAACUUGAUCUAAUCGGUUCCUCAACACUCCCCGUGGAUGGACGCGCGAAGUCGGCAGAACCAGUUGCGGGGAUGCAGAAGACCGACCACGUUCAAGGUGUGUCUGAAGACUAUGAAGAGCCUCAAUUACCACCACCGCCACUAUCUCCCUCGGUCAAAUCAACUUCUGUGAAUGAGGAAGACGCCUCCGAAUCAUCCACCGACAAGCUCGAUGCGGAACUUGAGGUCGCCUCUCAAGCGGCCGAGGAGCAUCUCUCUGACGUCGACGAAAUGGACGCCGAAGAGGACGAUGCCGCUGCCGCUGCCGCUACGAUACUCAAGGACGAAGCAAUGGAUGUGGAUGAAGACAUAUCAACGGAGAUGCUACAAGACAAGACAGAACCUGUGGAGCAUGAGGCUGCCAAAGCAUCAGACAAGCCCAUGCAUAUAGAAUCUGAUCAAACAGAGGAUGCACCUCAGGACAUUGGGCUCACUAUCUCUGCGCCCAUGGAAGAGGUUCCACCGCGUCCACCUGCGAAAUAUAUUCCAAUUCACAUCCCUUUGCCCCCUAGUAUUCAUAAACCGAUUGUCAUCCCAGCUCCUCAAAUUGCACCUGAGGAACCACCUUUCAACUUGGACGUCGAGCCUGAGCAGCAGGCAGUUCAACCUCCCUCCCCGAUUACCACCUACCGCCGACAGUUUGAUCCUCAAUAUCCUAUCCCCCCUCUCAACGUCCUGCCUCCAGAGUUCACUCGUAAAGCAAAAACAAGUCGGAGGAAGAGGGAGAAAGAACGAGAUAAAGAGGGCAAAAAGGAUAAGGACGAAGUCCUGCCUAUGGGUUUGAAUAGGUGGGGGGCGACGGUCAUGGCUAAUCCACUUUGGAAGAAAGUCUCUCGCGCCAACAAAUGCUUGAACAGUCGUGAAUGGGGGGUCGCAAUGGCAGAAUUGAGGCUAAUUCGUGCGCUCGAACGUAUUGAAUCCCUCAAGGACGAAGGUAGAUGGGGGUUUCGGCAACCCAAGAAACAGCGAGGUGUUGGCGGUUUGGUUAAAACUCAUUGGGAUUAUCUCUUGGACGAGGUGAAAUGGAUGCGUAUUGAUUUUCGGGAAGAGCGGCGUUGGAAAUUGGCGCUAGCAUACAACCUAUCAACCGCUGUGCUCGAGUGGCAUUUUGCGAAGACUCCAGAGGAACGCCUACGCGCCGGUAUUUGCGUCAAGUGGAAGCCAGCAUCCCUGAAGGAUGAAGAGUCGGUCCCAGAAGCACUGCCCGACGACAGUUCUCAAGUGGAACAGUACCAAAGGGAACAGUCUAAUCCAUCCUUACUAGGUGUCGACUAUGGAUCCGACGACGACGACGACGACCAGGACAAGGAUCCCCAAAACGUCAUGGAUGUACUAGAACCCGCUAAACUCAUCGAAGACGCUCUGGAGGCAAACAACGACAUCCAGCCCAAAAGCGAGGAAGUGGAAGAUCGGUCGGGGUUACAGCUUUCAUAUGUGCCCCAGGCCACCGACGUUUCAGAUGCUAUUGUUGAUGACGCUAUGAAGCUUUCGUCGGACGCCAAUGAGGAGAGGCCCAACGAUUCCGAAAGUGGUUUGAAGUCUACGUCCGGUAACCCAAUUCUGGGAGGUGAAUCGAAGUCUAGUUCCCAGUCGACCAAUGGCGAUGUGGCCCCGGCGCAACCUCCCAAGUCCGCGCUUGCGCCUUUGCGGGAACGUCUCGCUUAUGAUGACAGUCUGUUCGUCGACCUUGCGAACCUCUUCAUCACGAUGUCUACCACGGCGGGUUCUGAAACCAAAUUGGCCCUAGAUGCCAUGGAUCUCGAAAGCCUCUUCCCUGACUUACAACCGUUCGGCCUUCUCGACGUACCUCCGCUCGCCCCGCCUCAGACGGAGGGGAAAAAGAAGGGCGAAAAGAAGUCUGACAGAGAUGACCCUAACAAACGCAUCGAGGAUACAACAUAUACGAAACUUUACUCGACAGGACGUUUCACGUAUAGCAAACCAACCCUCAUUGGUCCUCUGCAACCCGCUAAGCGGCUGAAGGAUGGAAAAUGGCAACCUAUGGAACAAGUUGCUGUCCCCCCUGAGGUCGAUCCUGGCUCUCGGGCACCAGAAGAAACCAACAAUGAGCUCUUUGAUAGCCGUCCUACAAAUACGAACAUCGCGCUGCAGUUCGUCUCGUCGUUGAAGGACAAAGAUUCGCGGAAGCGUGGUGUUGACCACCUCUGGAGCACCAGCGAUGACGCGCUAUUGAAAUCUCUCGUGGAUAAAUAUUCCAUGAAUUGGGCUCUGAUCGCCGAGUGUUACAACUCAUGUCGCCUGACCACCCCUAAUGAUAGACGCACGCCUCUUGAUUGUGCGGAACGCUGGAAAGAGAGAUGGGGUGCGGAACGCAAGCUCCCGACGAUGACUGAUGCCUCUCAAACACCAGGAGAGGAUGGCGUCGGAGCGAGCUCGAGUCAAAUCAUGACGAGGGGUACUAAGAGGCUUGCGAGUGCUAGUGUUUCGAGCGCCAUCAUGCCAGCAGGUGCUGCGGGAAGUGAGCCUAAAAAGCGAAGACGGCAUUAUCUAAUCCAGGAUUCCGUCAAGAAGGUCGCAAAAAAGAGGGCCGAAGUUCUUAACAAGGCAAUUGCGAACGCGUCCCGAAAACCUCCUGCCGUCCAUGAGACUCACAACCAAUACAACAAAAUGCCGAAGUAUACGCCUGCUGAAUUGAGCCGGAUGAAAGCCGAGCGCGAUCGGGAUAACCAGGAUUUGGCGUUGGCAAGACGGAGACAGGAGGAGCAGCAGAGACAAAACCUAUUGCGCGAGCAGAAUCAACGGGCUGGUGGUGUGGUGCAACAACCACAACAGCAACUCCAGCAACAGCAGGCAGCUCAACCUCAACAGCAGGCUCUGACGCCCACUCCACCGCAGCCAGCCCAGCCAGCCCAAGCACCGCAAGGACAGCAAUCUCUUACGGCACAACAGCAGCAGCAAUUCCAACAGCUUACGCUUCAACAGUUGCAAGCUGCACAAGCUACCCAGAACCGACAGAAUGCAUCCGCGGCUGGUCUUGCGAACCGAACAGUGAGGUUACCACCGACAGUGAACGGGCGGCCAGUCGGACAACAAGCUCAGCUUCUUAUACAAGCUCGAGCACUGCAGACCCAGGUGCAGCAGCUGCAAGGUGGAGCCCAAGGCAACUUGGUGCAAGGCUUGCUUCCUCAGAACUCUGGGAAUGCGAACAAUUACUACAAUCUCACACCCGAGCAGCUCGAGCUCUUGCGAGCGGCGACUCUGGUGCAACAGCAGCAACAACAACAGUCACAGAAUUCCGGCGGUCAAGCCAACGGAUUCGCUCAGGCUCAGUCGUGA